AUGAGUAGAACAAGGGACCUUUCAAGCGUUUGCAGCAUCAACAGCAGCACCAGUUGUUGCAGCAUCAGCAGUGGGCCACCGCUACUGGACGACGCUGAAGAUGACACCGGUCGGGCAACAUCCCGUGGCGGCGGGUAUAUCAGCGAAGAUGACCGACAGUCGCUGGCGUACUCCUCUGCUGUACCCGAAGCCAAUGGAGACACGACUACCCGAUCAGGCAGGGCUUCGCAGGCUCGCGGCUCUAACAAGCGCAACAACGGCAGAGUCAACGUCAGCAGCAGAAGUCAGCGCCCACUCCGUGAGGUCGUUGCGCGGAGGGCCUUCGAGUGUGUCGUUGGUACUCACGGGGAGUUAUCAAAGGUGCUUAGAAUUACCGUAGAGAUUGACGCUGCUCCCAAGCAAACCCGGGACCGCUAUGACCAAGACGAGCCCCAGCAGACAGAAACAGAAACAGAAACCAGAUCUUCGUCCUCAGAUACAAGUGGGCAGCAUCAUGAUCGCCAUGGAAGGCACUCUCGUGUUGACUCCCCAGGCCUAGGCUGUCGGGUGGAGCCGGUGCUCCAUGGGGAAGACAUCGACAUUGAUCACCAGGCUUCAUCUGGAAGCUUUUGGGGCGUUGACUUGCACUGGUGUGACCUCGAGUCGCUCGCCGGACUUCCAGCUGAACUAGGCGAUUCGCCCUGGGCCCUGUCUGGCAAAGGUGGCGAGAAAGACGACGAGGACGAGGAUGAGGAUGAGGAUGAGGACAAGGACGAAUCGUGGCGAUGCCUUUACUUGGACGCGUCUCUCAACAGGCUCAGGGGGAUUGAUGCUAUAGCGGAUGAGGCUAGCCUGCGCGACUUGGUGUACCUCGACCUCUCGUACAACCUAAUCAGAGACCUGGACGCUGUCCAAAACCUUCGCAAUAUGCAGCGAAUGCUCGAACGACUCUCAGCCAGCGAUUGGGUCUUCACGGAUAUCCCUUCCAAUAUACAGGUCUUUCUGGCCUCAAACAACCAAAUCGGUUCUGUACAGGCACUAGGGAAGCGGCCGAAGAAGGGCGCCGGUCUCCGCCACGUGGACCUCUCCAGCAACUCAAUACGCUCGAUAGAAGCCCCCCGCUCUGCAUAUGCAUUCCGACGUAUGAAGAGCCUCAAGCUUGCCAGCAACCACCUGAUAAACUUCGAGGAGGACGCCGCUCUCGAGCUCACGUCGCUCGAACGGCUCGACGUUUCCGACAACGAGCUCGUUUCCAUAGACUGGGUGGGGUUGGUAGAGACGCUGCGUUUUCUCGACUGUUCCAAGAACCGGCUCUCGGCCCUUCCUACCUUCGCUAGAGCCUUGGCCAACCUCCCUCGCCUGGCGGAAGUUAUCGCUGAGGGAAAUACGGUGGCGUCCCAACCCCAGUACCGCAUCACAGUGCUGAUGGCGUGCGAAAAGAUUCGAAGGUUGGACCAUCGGCCAGUAGACGGGGCGGCACUCAAGCGGCAGCUCCACCGCGCCACGGAGGCGAAGGCUUUGGCCACUUUGCGAGAAACGGCCAACGAGGAGUAUCACCGAUGUGUGGAGGGAGAGGGCAUUCGCUUGGAGAGGCGAAAGUCAAUCCUCAAGGCCCAGGAAAGGCAACUCGAGGACGCCUUUCAGGGGUUUCGCCUUCAGAAGCAGCGGGAGAUGGGGGAGUGCAUCGCGUACGCGGAGUCCCUGAAGGGAGACGGCGACGGGAAGGGGUUGGUGUUGACGCCGGAGGUGGCACGCGCUUUCCGAGACGCGGUGGAAGAUAGGCGGCAGAGAGGCGAAGGGAAGAACAAGUUCGCGGCGGGUAGCGGUGACGUCACGACUGAUGAGCGAACCCAGGAUGAUGACCGGAGCGUGAAGGCCGCCUUGCGCGCUGCUGUUGCGCAGGAACACCCUGAGGUAGCGGCGGUGUCGGCCGCCGUGGCGACUCUGGGGUUGAACGAGGGCAAAAAAAGCAACAACAGGCAAAGGAAAAAAAUCGCAAGGACAGGGAAAGAGCGGACGGGAACAAAAAGGUUGGUGGCGGUGGUAUGA